UUUCCAGCUGCACAUCUGCAACGAAUUCAGCUCCGUUAGCUCAGAGCUGCUGAACAAAUCAGCCCGUUCAUUUAGAGCAGAUCCUCCGAAGACACACAGCUCACCCUUAAAAGAAAUACCACCAGGCCCAAUGACCACAGACUGGGAUGUGCUGUGUGGUCCACACGGGGAGGACAUUGAUGCACUGACAGACACUGUUACGGACUAUAUCAACUUCUGUGCAGAGAACAUCGUACCGACCAGGAAAGUACGGUGUUUCUCUAACAGCAAACCCUGGGUGUCCCUGGAACUGAAGGCCCUGCUGAAGGAGAAGAGGAGGGUCUUUGGAUCUGGGGACAAAGAGGAGCUGAGGAGGGUGCAGAAGGAGAUAAAGAAGAAGAUCAAGGCGGACAAGGCCAGCUACAGGACCAAGAUGGAAUCUCACCUGCAGGAAAAUAACACAAGGGAGGUCUGGAGAGACCUGAGAUCCAUCUCUGGUUACAGCAGAGGCCAUGAGAGGGGAGCUGCAGCAGGAGGCCAGGAGUGGGCCAAUGAGCUGAAUCUGUUCUUUAACAGAUUCGACUCUGCUCCCACUCCUCCCCCCUCUCAUCAAAGCACCGACCAGCCAGCUCCUUCUUCACACCUCAGCUCUCUACCACCAACACCACCAACCGCACCCCUCCUCCCAUCCCCGUCUUCUACCACCUCCGGACUCCACAUACAGCCCCAUCACCCCUCCUCGUCUCACCCCCCACCACCACCAUCACCCCUCCCCCUGCCACCCUCCCCCUGCCUCUCCAUAACAGCUGAUCAGGUGAGAAGUGAACUUAAAAAGAUCAAGACCAGGAAAGCUGCAGGUCCUGAUGGAAUCAGCUCCAGACUCCUUAGAGACUGUGCAGACCAGCUCUGUCAGGUGCUGCUGCACAUCUUUAACCUGAGCCUGAGUCUGGAGAGGGUUCCUCUGUUAUGGAAGACUUCCUGCCUGGUUCCUGUCUCUAAGACCAGGAACCCCAGGGAGCCUAACCACUUCAGACCUGUGGCCCUCACUUCUCACCUGAUGAAGACCAUGGAGAGGAUCGUCCUCAAGAACCUCCGUCCCCAGGUGAGCCAGUAUCUGGAUCCACUGCAGUUCGCCUACCAACCGAACAUUGGAGUGGAUGAUGCAGUGGUCUACCUGCUGCACAGAUCACUGACUCAUCUGGAGAAACCCAACAGCACUGUGAGGGUCAUGUUCUUUGACUUCUCCAGUGCUUUCAACACAAUCCAGCCUUCUCUGCUUAGGGUGAAGCUUGAAGGAGCAGGAGUAGACUGUCACCUGGCUGCUUGGACCAUCGACUACCUCACCAACAGACCACAGUACGUGAGGCUUCAGGACUGUGUGUCUGAUGUGGUAGUCAGCAGCAUGGAGGUCCACAGGGGACAGUGCUCUCCCCCUUUCUCUUCACCCUGUACACAUCGGACUUCCACUACAACUCUGGGAGCUGUCACCUCCAGAAGUUCUCCGAUGAUACAGCCAUUGUUGGGUGCGUAUCUGAGAGGGACUAGCAGGAGUACAGGAUGGUCAUCUCUGACUUUGUGGACUGGUGUGAGCGAAACCAUCUGCAGCUCAACGCCAGUAAGACGAAGGAGAUGAUCGUGGACUUCCGCAGGAGGAGGACACCCCGGACUGCACCGGUGAACAUCCAGGGUUUGGACAUUGACAUGGUGGACACAUACAAAUACCUGGGUGUUCACCUCAACAACAAACUGGACUGGACACACAAUACAGAGGUCCUGUACAAGAAGGGCCAAAGUCGUCUCCACCUGCUGAGGAGACUGAGGUCCUUUGGAGUGUGCAGGACUCUGCUCAGGACAUUUUAUGACUCUGUGGUAGCGUCUGCUAUCUUCUAUGCAGUGGUCUGCUGGGGAGCAGGGAGCACUGAAAGGGACAGAAAGAGACUAAACAGACUGGUCAGGAGGGCUGGUUCUGUCCUGGACUGUUCCCUGGACUCCAUAGAGGAGGUGGGUGAGAGGAGGAUGUUGGCAAAGCUCACAUCCAUCAUGGACAAUCCCUCUCACCCACUGCAUGACACUGUGGGGUCUUUAAGCAGCUCCUUCAGCAGCAGACUGAGACAUCCACCCUGCAAGAAAGAGCGCUAUCGCAGGUCCUUCAUCCCAUCUGCUGUAAGACUUUACAACAUCAGCAUCACUGGCUGAUGUUAACAUAAACUGGACUAUAUCAUUACCACCCCAAACCAUAAAAUUUGCACAGACAUUCUUGCACUGCACAUCUUUGCACUUUUAAACUUUAUUUUUAUUUUUUCUGUUAAAAAUUUUGCCACCCUUGUAUAUAUUGUAAAUAAAGCUGCUGUAACAAUGUAAAUUUCCCCUGGAGUGGGGAGAAAUAAAGAACUUUAUCUUUA